CGCAGUCCUUCUCACAAGGCGCUCUUUAAGCUCCGGUGUCGCCACACAGAGCAGCCAUUCAUCGGCUCCACGGCCAGCACCACACACACUCCCAUGUUGAACCACUGCACGGCUAAAUUGGUGUAGCAGAUUCCCGUGCGUAAAAAGGAGCUGGACAAUUUUACGCAUCAGUAUGGCUUUGCAUUAAAUAGUUUGCAAUAACAGGGAGCAAUAUAAAAUACUUUCUAAAGUACUUACUACUUUCCAACUCAUUGUGAAGUGUUAAAAGUCAUUAAAAAAAUGUCCGGAGAGGAGCACAGCUUGUCUGAAGCAGAGCUGAGCCCCGGAGGCUCGGACGACGCUCACUCCCUGUCCCCGUCACAUGCCGGAGCACCACCCGGCCACGACUCACCUCUGACCGGGCCUGCGUCUCAUCUGACGGCGCUCUGCGUAGCGGAGGGCAACAGGGAUGACAGGUCCGUAGUUAAGUCGGAGGAGGAAGACGAUCGCUUCCCCAUCGGCAUCCGGGAGGCGGUGAGUCAGGUCCUGGACGGCUACGACUGGACUCUCGUGCCCAUGCCGGUGCGCGUAAACAACGGAAACAAAGCUAAGCCUCACGUCAAGCGUCCCAUGAACGCCUUCAUGGUGUGGGCCCAGGCGGCCAGGAGGAAGCUGGCGGACCAGUACCCCCACCUGCACAACGCUGAGCUGAGCAAGACCCUUGGCAAACUGUGGAGACUGCUCAACGAGAGUGACAAGAGGCCAUUCAUCGAGGAGGCGGAGAGGCUGAGGAAACAGCACAAGAAGGACUACCCGGAGUACAAGUACCAGCCCCGGAGGCGCAAAAACGGCAAACUCACGCCUGCUAAUGAGUCAGACAGCCCGGGGGAAGAGGGAGCCAGCCACUCCCAGUCACACUACAAGAGCCUGCAUCUGGACCACAAUGGCGGAGCUGGGUCCCCUCUGGGAGAAUUGCAUCACCACCACCACCAUCACCACCAUCACCCUGCUAGUCAGGGUCACAGCCCUCCCACACCCCCCACCACCCCAAAAACAGAGCUCCAGUCAGGCAAAUUGUCAGACAGCAAGAGGGACGGAGCGACUGGAGCAUCAGGGGGAUCCAGGGGAGCCCUCGGCGGAGGAGGCGAAGGGGUGUCCGGCGGUCCUUCGUCAACCAGUUCUAAGCCCCACAUUGAUUUUGGCACUAUGGACAUUGGCGAGAUCAGCCACGAGGUGAUGGCCAACAUCGACUUUGACGUCAACGAGUUUGACCAGUACUUGCCCCCCAACGGGCACCCCCAGGGCACACCAGGGACCCCCGCUGCGGGAUCCUCUGCAUCAUCCUACGCCUAUGCCCUGGCCGCGGCUAGUGGGCACUCGGCCUGGCUCUCCAAGCAGCAGCAGCCUCAGGCCUCGCCGUCAUCCUCUGACCCUUCCAAGCCCCAGAUCAAAAGCGAGUCAGCAACUGGGAGCCACUACGCCGAGACCUCGUCAUCGCCCUCCUCGGGGACUCACGUCACUUACACCCCACUCAGCCUCCCUCACUACGGCUCCGCUUUUCCCUCGCUGGCCUCCAGAGCUCAGUUUGAGUACGGAGACCACCAGGCGCCUGGGGCAUACUAUGCCCACUCCAGUCAAGCCCCUGGGCUGUAUUCAGCCUUCUCCUACAUGGGCCCUACACAGAGGCCUCUGUACACCACCAUAGGAGACCCUUCCAGCGUGGCUCCCUCCCACAGCCCCACACACUGGGAGCAGCCUGUUUACACCACACUCACAAGACCCUGAGGGGAGGGGUAGAGAGGUGGAGUCGAGGGAAAUAUGGGAAGCGUGUGAGAGGAUCUGUUUGCUAGAGUGUGUUAAUUGGUUUGGCUGAUGUGUAUGUGUAUGUAUGUCCAUGCCAUAUUGUUGUAAAAUUAGAGGUUUUUACUUUUUUAGCUGAUAAAAUGCAUCCGAGGGGGGCACGCUCAGUGUGGGUCUGCAGCCAAUCAGAAAAAUACAUUUAAAAAAAAACGUGUGCCAUCAGGAAUGUAUGAUUGAAGAUGUACAGCAAGUGGUGAGGAAUGAAUCCAUGUUAUGUACAGUAGAUAACCCAGAAAGGUUCACACUGACAUCAUCCCAUUUAUUAACCAAACUAAAGAAGACUUUUUGGAUCGAUUUGUGUUAUUUUAUAUGAGUAGUAUUGUUAUGCUAGUGUGUAACUUUAUUGUGGCUGACAUUAUAACACACUUACACAGCUUCACCACUGCUUCAGGAGCACAAUGCUCCUUAAGGGGCUCCUGAAGGGUUCUUUUUGGUGGCCAGCUAAUUGCGACCUUAUUUCUCUGUAGAUAACAACUGUCCGUCUGUGUGUCCCUUGUCCUUUACUACUUUGUUGAUCUGAAGCAUUUUAUGGGAACAAUAUAGGAAUAAGAGAGGGAAAGAGAGCUCUUAAAAAGAUAUUUCAGCUUUUUUGCUCCGUCUUUGACACUUUACCUCAACUCUCAUUGUCAUUUUGUGCCAUUAGCAGAGGAAAAACUCCACUUUCCAUGAACUAUUUUGCUUUUUUCUUGCUUUGUAACGAUUUGCUGAUUCACAUCUGAGUUCUAACGUGUUGUAAUGAACUAUAGUACAAAGUCUCAAUCAAAUCCCUUGAGAUAAUUGGCCAGCUUUGGGUCCUACUUAAGGAUUAUGUGGAAUCACAUGUAUGGUUGUUCUGCAUGUGUUCUACUUCACGGUUGCUCCUAUAGGGCAAACCAAACAGGCUACAAUGCUUAUUUUCGGGCAAUGUGAAUAACAGACAUUACCAUGGGUUUGACCUUUUUUAUAUAAUGCAUAGUUUAUCAUUGUAUACUGACCUUCUUACCAUGAAGUUAUUUGUCAUGUUAACUAUGUCACACCUUUUGCUUCCUCCAUUUUUGUAUAAUUCCGAAUAGUUUUGUAAAGCGUUUGCCAUAAAUUGAGUAUUUUGCUUCCUUACAAGAAAAAGCAAUGUUGAAAUAUUGUUGUCAUCUAU